AUGCCGUCGACGGACGAAGCUCCGGCUGUUGCCUCCGAGGCACGCCCGGCCAGCGGCUCUCGCUCUCCUUCUCCUUCCCCGUCCGACGCGCACUCCGAGGGCGAGUACACGGGCUCCGACCGCAGCACGCCCGAACCCAGCGCCGACAACAAGACGCAGCCUCCCCUUCCUGACGAGCCCGUCCCGGAGGGCCAGGCCGGCGACACCGCUGCGCCUCCGCUGCCCAACGAGCCCGUUCCCGAGCAGCCAGAAGACGAUGGCUGGGAGUAUCACUGGAACCCUAACGACCAGAGCUAUUGGUUUUGGAACAGGUUCACAGGUAUCUGGCAGAAAGAGAACCCGCGGGUGCCCAGCGACUAUACCACUCCCGCCACCGCUCCGGGUGCCGCUACUACUACCACCUUCAGUAGCGCAACAGCCGCAGCAACCAUAGCCACAGCCGCCCCUGGUGUCGACUCCAAAACCACCGUUCUCAGCAACCCGGCCUCCAUCGCGGGGGGUUACAACCCGGCCAUCCACGGCUCAUACGACGAGAACGCAUGGUAUGCGCAGAACUUGCGCGCCACCACUACAACAACAACCGGCGGCACCCCUCCUUUCAUACCCGCUACUCACGACACCACCACAGCCACCACCACAUAUACAUACACCAGUGGAAACCCGGAAUACGGCGCCGAGUACGCCACCGAGGCCUUCUUCAACCGGCACACAGGCCAAUGGCAGCUGCCCGAGCAGGGCGCCGAGCGGCACUCGGACGAGGCGAAGGCGCGGCGGCAGAUGCGCGCCUACUUUGACGUGGACGCGGCCGCAAACAUGCACGACGGGCGCAGCGUCAAGGCGGAACGGUCCGGCAUCAAGCCUACGCGGGCCGAGUUGAAAGCGUUCAAGGAGCGCAGGAGACAGAAGAAGGAGGAGAAGCGGCGGGCUUGGUUGAGGGAUUGA